AUGAGUGGAAGAAUACCGUUGUUGACGGCCUUGCGGUCGUUGGCUCUCUCCGGAGAAGCCCAGGGCUGUUCCAUCCGUCCUUUACUGCGACGGCCCUUCUCGUCGACAGCGCAAUACAGAACAGCCUCCAAGGAUACGCAGACGCAGAGUAAAAACGACCGCGAACUCGAGAACCGGCUGCUAGGAGGCCAGAGCAAGAAUGUUGGCCCUUCGCGACUCGCAACACUGUCCCAGACCACACGAUCGAAGGCAGCAGCUUCUUCUAACUCCAAAACGACGGAGGAGGUCAUAUCCAGAGUGUCCAGCCUCAUCCAGAACCCACAACGAACAACCGAGCUUCCUCACCGCCUACACAUAUACUCCCACAGGCGAAACGUCCAUGCUACGUUGACAAAACCGAACAACGAUGUGCUAAUGUCCGUCAGCACAGGAAACAUUGGUUUCCGCAAGGGCCACCGAGGAGACUACGAUGCUGCGCACCAAUUGGCCGUCUAUACCAUGGGCAAGAUACAGGAGCGAGGGUUUCUGAUGCAGAUCAACGGGCUGGAAGUGAUCCUCAGAGGCUUUGGGCCCGGUCGAGAAGCGUUCACCAAGGUCCUGCUAGGAAAGGAGGGCAAGGUCCUUCGCGAGAGAAUCGUCCGGGUGUCUGACUCGACGAGGUUGAAGUUCGGCGGCACACGAAGCCCAGCAGUAAGACGGCUCGGUUAG